AUGAAGCCUAUCGUGUCUAUUGCCGCUCUUGUCUUGAUCCAAAGCUCUAUAGCUUUGCCUUGGCUGGGCUCCUUCCAGCUUUCAGGGGACGAUAGCAAUGACAUCACUCGGGGAGAUGAUUGGAUCCCUCCUGACUUGGUGGAAGGCAUCUUGGCCGGCAUCGCGGCUGAUCAAGAGGGAACUGGAGUACAAGGCAUCGACGGUCAAUCAGACGACGACUCAAAUAGAGGAGGCAACCAAGAGCAAGAUGGAUUUGGGAACAAAAUGCCUAUCUUCCCCCAAGCAGACGACUCAACUACACCACAAAAUGGACCUGGAAGCAACGGGCGGCCUGGGUUUGGCUUUCCCCAACCUGGAUCAGACGACAGCUCAGCCGAAACAGACGACGACAACGAGGUUGACCAAGGUCAAGAUGGACCAGCAGCCGGGGUAGGCAAACCAGGCGAUGACUACCCUUUUAAGAACUGCGACCAAAUUGACAAGUAUGGGGUGACAACAUGUCAAUGUACUAGCUUUGCUGCGUGGCGUGUCGAUCAACGACUGAAUGUGCCCUUUAAAAAAAUAGGGCAAAUGGGAAGACAAGGCAGGGGUUGGGGAGACGCAAAUCAGUGGGACCAGGUCGCUCGCCAGGCGGGUAUCCUCGUUGACGACAAUCCCGCACCUGGAUCCGUUGCUCAGCAUGACAGAGGACCGUCCGGACAUGUUGCCUGGGUAGUUGGCGUGGAGGGCAACUCAGUCAGAAUUGAGGACUACAACGGAUCGGGGGGCACCAAGAGGUAUGGACAAGCCACAGAGCCUCGAAGAAAAUAUCGAUAUAUCCACUUCGAGAAGUAUAAAGGGGACCGCGGGUAA